GUCUGUACGUACCCGGAUUACGAACAGGAAUCUUCUGGAACCCCGACAUGGUUGAUUACAGUAAAUGGUCGCACAUAGAAGUGAGCGACGAUGAAGAUGACACUCACCCGAAUAUCGACACGCCGAGUCUGUUUCGCUGGCGUCAUCGGGCGCGGGUUGAACGGAUGGAAGAGCAGAAAAAGGAUAAAGAGAAGCUCGAAAAAGAAACUCAUGAACACAAAAAGCGCCUCGAACAGCUACAGAAGCUUAUGCAAGAGACAGAAACCGUUGAAAAGACUGACGAGGAGGCAGUCCAGAAACGAUUGAGCGAGCUGAAGGUCGAAAUGAAGGAUUUGCAACAGCAAGAACAACACUUUCAAGAGAAAGAGCAGGAGUUGCUCAAGAAAGAGCGCCUGACUCCAUGGAACGUCGACACACUGAGUCACGAUGGAUUCACAAAAACGAUCAUUAACGAAGUGAAAUCUAAAGACAAAAAGGGAUCACAAGGAGACGACGAGUCCUUUUCUACCGAUUUCAUGAACGAACACGAGGAUGACAUCAAGAAAUACGGCAUGUUGAAGGAUUACGAUUCCAGCUCCAAGUUUCUACGGAAACGACCUCAUCUUGUGUGCGAAGCAACGGCCAACUACCUCACCAUUUGGUGUAUCACACUCGAGUGCCAAGAAAAGCAUGAUCUCAUGAAACACGUUGCACGUCAGACAAUCCUCAUGCAGUACGUUCUCGAGUUGGGCAAACAACUAAAUCGCGAUCCUCGAGCUUGCUUUGCUGAGUUCUUUCAGCGUAUCAAGCACGCCGACAAGCAGUACCUCGAUGCAAUGGAGGAUGAGCAUCAGCAGUUUAUGAGUCGAGUUAGAGAGCGUGCCAAGAUUCGUAUGGAAAGGAUCAUGAAAGAGAUUGAAGAAGAAGAGCGUCAGAAGCGUCUCGGUCCCGGCGGAUUGGAUCCCGUCGAAGUAUUCGAGUCGCUACCGGAAAAACUCCAGCAAUGUUUUGAGAAGAAAGACAUUCCGAUGUUACAGAAAGCGUUGGCCGAGAUGCCAAAGGAAGAGGCUGAGGUAUACAUGAAGAAAUGCAUUGAUUCGGGGAUGUGGAUUCCGGAUGCAAAGUCGAAGGGAAUUGAUACGACCGAGUCGGAGGAGAAUCCGUACGAGACACUCGAUUGACUGGAUUGUUUACGUUUUGUUUGUGACUCAUAGUUACUCGCUGUUGUAGCUAGUGAUAUACUUUUCGUGUUAUUGUGUUGGAAGCAUUGAUGCUGGAUAUUGAAAGCGACCCUGAUAUGAAGUUACUCGAUAUGUUCGUGUGUUGUGUAUACGUUUGAUAUUUGUGAGUUUAUUAGUUGUCUGUUGUAUUACGUAUUUGAGUGUGAAUACUAAGAAACGAGAGUUUACACACAGUGAA